AUGCUGAUGGCGACCGGCGAUGGGGCCGAUGGACUAGGGCUCGACGACGACUCCUUGCCAUUGCAGGACAACUUCGACGACGUGCUGCAAUUGCUUGACGACUUCCCCGACCCUGACACCGCCCCAAUUCCCCUGCCCGCACAGAUGCACCACGCGGACCAGCCUGCGUGCAGCCACAGUUUCUCCGGCGACGGUCUUCGCAACAACUCCACCGGCGACGGCACUCCAGGUGUCGCUCAGCCUAACGAAUUUCCAGUCCACAGUGACCCAUCGACGUCCUCCACUGCAGCGGGUGUGUUGGAUUGCAGCGGCUGCCAUGUGCUACGAGAAGUGAUGCAUUCCAACGGGCCGGAGUUGACAAAGCUCUCAAUCCAUGGCGCGCCCGGCUUCUUCAACCAUGCAACGCUAGAUCGUUGUACCAACUCCGAGGGUUUGGCUCCGAGAAUAGCGCCUCGAUCGCACAUUGAUUUCAGAGACCGGGACUACGAGUGGGUGGGGCACUUCCUGACGGACUACGCGCUGCGGCAAGCCGCCGGCAACUACGCCGUCGUGCGUGACUCGCUCUCAUUGUUCCUCGACGUCCUCUGCACGACCAUGAACCGAUGCGUGCAGGGCAACGAUGGCGACCACGACGAUGAAGGAACAGCGGCGAGAAAUGGUGGCCAUGGGCAACCCACCGUCGACGUCUUUGCUGCCGCCGUCCAGCCUGCGAUGCAGAGAAACACAGAGCCAGAACCUGCAGGGCCAUCUCCAUCUCCACCGAGUAAUACCAUGGAGUUGCAUGUUCAGCCACAACCCUUCCAGCCGGUAGUCGCAGGCAGGAGCGUACUUGCCUUACAGAGGGAGAGAACCAGGAAGAUGCAGUUCCAUGACAUCGCACCCUACUUUCACCUCCCCAUCGUCGAGGCAGCCGAAAAGCUCGAUAUCUGUACCACCGUUCUGAAAGGAAUCUGCCGCAGGGUCGGGGUACAAAGAUGGCCGCAUCGAAAGGUGAAAAAAAUAGAUAGACAAAUAACAAAACUCAUGAGAUCGGGUAAUGGAGUUUGGGAAAGGAACGAGAUUGAGCGGUUGAAUGCUGAGAGGAAAAGAAUUUUCUAUGCCCUUGAAUAA